AUGGUCCGGGUAGUGCUCAGGGCCCUGUCGGCCUGGAGGCUGAUCUGGCGUUUGAGAGGAGGUCUCUUGCCUCUGACCAUGACUAAACUGGUGGAGUGGUUGGUUGGGGUCUCCCUGGUUCUGGUGGUCUGGGCCGUGGUGUCCUUCGACCUGCUGGAGCUGAGCCUGCCGCCCUCGUACCGGGAGGUGGCCUGGCCCAUGCCGCUGUAUCUGCUGGUGUCGUUCGGCUGCUUCUCUCUGGCCACAGUGGGAUACAGAGUGGCCACGUUCAACGACUGUGAAGACGCGGCCAAAGAGCUCCGUGAACACAUCAGAGAAGCCAAAGAAGACUUGAGGAAAAAGGGAUUAAAGAUGUGA